UCGGCAUUAACCCACAAACUGAACGAGCCUUGUCUUUGUAAAUCAUGACAUGCUUUGAAAACUCGUACAGUCCUGAUGUCUUCACAUUGUCACUGUACACGAGAAUGUUCACCGCCUUCCGCAAAGCAUCGUCAGUGGCUAUCGCUGGAAAUGUGCUGACUUACCAACGAUGACGAAGCUCGAGGCGAUCACAUUACACUCCAGGGCAUCUACCAAGGGUCUGAUGGUGUGAAGGCGAUUAAGAUUGCGGGCUCAGUCUCGUGUAAGGUUGGGAGAAACAUGGAGCAGGUUCUGGGAUUACGAAGUAGUCCUUCGAAAGAAACAGGCCUUGGAGAAGAACAAAAGCAUUCAGUUCAGCUGAGUCCUAAGCCUUACGAUGAUUGGGUUGAAUGCACGAAGUGCAAAAAAUGGAGACUUUGUAUGCCCCACAUUACAGUAGACGAUCUGCCUGAAGAUUGGCAGUGUCGGGAGAUGGCAUGGCUUCCCGGACUGAACCACUGCAAGUAUAGUGAAGAGGAAACUUCAGCUGCUGUUUAUAUGUUACUUGGAUGGCCCGCCUCAAGUGAUGCUGGAAAUUUGAAUGGCACUAGGGAGGCAUCUGAACCUCCCUCAGCUUUGAGUCCAACGUGUAAAAGCCCCUUGAGUGUAUCUCCCCUUAUAAGGAAAGAAGUCAAGGGGUUAGCAAGAAGGAUUGGAGUUAUAUCUGGAAACAGGGAGCUUACCGCCAAGAAAAUAAAAACUGUAUCUGCAAGCAGUGAGACAAUUCUGGCCAAGAAGAAAUCAGAAACAAGCAUUCCUGAAUCCGGAAAGUCUAGAGUAGUUGGACUCCAGAAAUGUUCGAAGAUGGUGGGGUUACAAGGAAGAAAUAAAAAGAUCUUGAAACGGGUUCAUGGUACUGAUAAGUGGCAGCUGUUGAGACCGGACACCUUUGGAGACAGCACUGUGAGCUUCAAGGAAAAAGAGAGACUCCAAGUCCUGGGAGAGAGCGAUCCCAAAGAGCAACACAGGUUCGAGAUUUCCAAGGACGAUCACAACCUCCAUUCAGGUGGAGACGUUGAUCACAAGGACGUCAAGCAUUCGCAAGUCAUGCUCAUAUCCCCCAAACGAGGGUAUACAUAUCAAUUUUCCAGGCCUAAGGAAGGAGGAGUAGAAAAUAUCCUGAAGAAAGAAGAAGCUUCUUUCUUUAUUAUGAACGCCCAGAUGGAAGCACAUGCUCUGAAAGAUGCUGCAGACGGCUUGAAACGCAUGUCCGGGGAUAAGGAUGAGAUUGCUGUGGCAGAUCUUUAUCUUCAUGCAGGGAUGAAAUUUCUCCUGAGCUCUCGAUACCAGGAAGAGGUAUGUGAUGGAUCCAAAGGAGAGGAAACUGUUACAAAAAGCUAUUCUGAAGCGGCGAAAAUCAUGGAUGAAUGCUGUCGAAGAUACGAGAAAAUACCUGAUCAUGGACGAGCUGCUUUGGCUCAGAUCGUUGCUGGACUUGCUCGUAUGCGAAUGACAACGGUUACACUGGAAUCUUCAAACAGCAACCUUGAAUCCUUGAAAGAAGCUGAAUUAUCAUUCAGGCAAGCGAAUGAGGAUGUCGAGCGCCAGAAGGAUUCAGAUGCAUGCAAUUCGAUUUUGCCCUCCCAGCUUCAUUCAGCGUACACGAAUUUUAUUAGCACUUCAGCAAAUAUGUACCCCAUGUUGGAAUCUUUGAAAAAAGCGAGACAAGCUCUUGCAAUGGCUUCUGCAGAAGCAGCUUCCAAAGACAAUCCACAUCAACAGCAAGGCAUUCUUGAAGUACGUAAAGUUUGUUCUCUCGCCAUGUGGGAUGACAACUUCGAACGAUUGGUUAGUCAGGUUUAUAUAGCUCUACUAGCUUUUGGUAAAGAUAGAUAACUCCAGAGCAGGUUAUUGGAGAGUAGAACUCCCUGCAUCUCUCUCGAACAAUGGUUCAACAAAGUUGGUGAAGGAAUCUGGUUAUCAUGCAAAGAGUGUGAUCUAGCAACGUGAAUCACCUGGGUGGGUGGUGACCAAAUCCCAGGUAUGUAUUACAUGAAUCAUGCUUGCUUGCAGGUGAAGACUGAUAGUAUUAUCAACUCCGUCAUGCCUUCAAUCGUGUUGAGUGAGUGUGAUAGAUUUUACAAGUUUUCACUUUCAUCUUCUGUCUGCAGGUCUUUGAACAUUAAUUGCAUUCAAAGGCCUGCGGGUGUAUAUCUCCAAAGUGACUUCUAGCUAUAACGAACAAUUCUUUAAGAUAUGAUCUUGUUCAGUUCUUGUUAUAAACAAGC